UAAAAUGCAUAGCCACACAUUAAUAUAACUUUAUGUAGGGAUAUCAUGAAAAUGUUAGGGUGUAAUGUAACUAUCUAGACAGUAAAAUGAAGUUCCUUUGCAAAAUCACGUAAACCUUAUACUGUGCUAUUCUUGUCAUUAAAACUACAACAAAAUGUUCAAUUUCACUCUCUUUCAGCGUUUAUGAUUGGUCAGUUCAAAACAUCCCUAAUUUUAAGGAGUUAAAGUAAUGUAACAAAUUUUUUUCAUAAUCUAAAUAACCAUCCAAUUUUCUCUAUUCAACAUAAAAGAUUGAAAAUUCAAAAAUCUUUCGAGUAUUUUAUAUUCUAGUAUAGAAGGAUUCUUUACUUGAACCAUUAUUGUUAAUGUGUUAAUAUCCUUGUAAUUAUUAUCAUUAUUACAAUCAUUAAUAAUAACAUUGAUGGCACUUGAACCAGUAGUAAUUAGUCUUCGCAGAGCAACAUCAGAUAAAUCCUGGGGAUUUGUAUUACAAGGUGGUGUUGAUCAAGGCUUGCCAGUAUUUGUCCAUAAAGUUACACGUAAUGGAAUAGCUCAUAAGUCUGGACUCGAACCUGGAGAUGUAAUAUUGAAAAUAUGCGCAACUCCGAUCACUGGGAUGAUCCAUGCCCAAGUGAAAGCUGAAAUUUUAAGAGCUGGUAACGAUUUGGAUUUUAUGGUUAAAAAACGUGAUUUCAAUGUAGUUGCAUAUAAUCAAACAAUGCAACAAAUUGCUGCUUCUAAUCGACCAAUUGAUGUCGCUUCAAAUUCACCUGAACCACGUGCUGAAAUAGUUGAAGAACAUUUAUGGCGACAUGGUGGUCCAACAUUUAAAAAUGUUCAACCAAAAUCAUAUAAAAUCCUUGAACAACAAUUACCGCAAUCAAGUAUGGGAGGUCCUGCACCGGGUUCUGUAUUCGAUCGUAGUAUGGAUGAACGAUCACCAUAUUUACAAGCUACUGAGCAAACUAUUCAAAAAGCUUAUGGCGAGUCCUAA